AUGGAUAGUUUCAAUGAUGAUCUAAAAGUACUAGAUUUAAAUGACGAUUAUGAUCUCUCAGUCCUUAUUGAUAAAUAUGAAAAUACGUUGAAAGAAACAUUACAGCAGCAUCCUCCACAAAAACGACGAAUUAUAACUCUUCGUCCUUUAUCACCAUGGUACAAUGAGGAGUUUGGUCAAGAAAAAAGAAAUCGCAGGAAGCUAGAGCGCCGCUGGCGCGCAUCUGGACUAUGUAUUGACAGACAGUUAUAUGUCAAACAAUGUGAGACAGUGAAUGCCAUGAUAAAGAAUGCUAAGACAACAUACUACUCAUCGGUUAUUUCCAGUAAUGCACAUAAUCAGAAAGUGUUAUUUAGUACGGUUGAUAAAUUACUCCAUCGAAAGCCAGAAAAGCGCUAUCCAACUGCGUCAUCAACGACUGAACUCGUGAAUAAUUUGCAGAUUUCUUCAGUAAUAAGAUUGCUAUUAUAUGGAAAGAACUGGCCAUUGAUUCUUCCCACUGUAAUCAGCGAAAUCAAGAGGAACAAUAUGCACAAUUCGUUAAAUUCAUUAACUUUCAAGAAGUCACGGAACAUGAGAUUGAAAAUGUUAUUGAUAAAGUUGGUAAAAAAUCUUGUGAACUUGAUCCAGUUCCCGCAAAAAUCUUUCAAGGUUGUCAGAAGACUCUCUUACCUAUAAUUACUAAGAUCAGUAAUAAGUCACUUCAGUCAGGUUGUAUGCCUGAGAAACUAAAAGAAGCCGUGUUGAAACCAAAACUAAAGAAAGAUUCGCUGGAGUACGAAGAAUACACAAAUUUCCGACCUAUUUCAAAUUUAAAAUUCCUGUCUAAAGUAAUUGUGAAGGUUGCUGCCGUUUAG